GAGUCUGGUCGCCCAUCCAAUGUUGGGGCCUAAAAAUAGCCAGCUGAAAGACAAGCAGACUACACCAGUGACUCUGCAAAUGCCCUCGUUGCUUUCAGUGCUACUGAUCUCGCACUGUCUCAACUAGCCAUUGUGCUACUGUGUUUCCUCAGGCGAACUAUGUGUGACUACUCCCUCUUCUCUCCUCCCAGGCCUGAAACCUUCCAAGAAAGUUGACCACAGACCACUGUUCCGAGGACAUCAGAGAGAUUCUGAGGUAAAUAGAAAACUCAGCUGUUGAGAAGAGGGGGGCAAAGAGGUGGUUGUAGGAGGCGUUUUUGGAAAAGAGAGCGUGAAACGUUGGUGCUUGUCAUCAUGGUGCGCAACGUGGACGACCUGGACUUCUGCCUCUCCUCACACCCGCAGAGCAUCCUGGAUGGCCUGCGCUCCCUCUGCUCGCAGCCCAAGCUGGUGGACGUCACGCUGAGCGCGGGCGGCCGCGACUUCCCCUGCCACCGCGGCAUUCUGGCCCUCUGCAGCCUUUACUUCCAAUCCAUGUUCUCGGGCGACUUUGUGGAGAGCAUUGCAGCGCGCGUGGAGCUCAGCGACGUCGACCCCGACAUCCUAGCCACCCUGCUGGACUUCGCCUACACGGGCAAGCUGACCAUCAACCAGGGCAACGUGGAGGGCCUGAUCCAGACGUCCAGCCGGCUGCAGUUCCAGACGGUGCGGGCGGUGUGCAGCCGCUACCUGCAGCACCAGAUGGACGCCAGCAACUGCCUGGGCAUCUUGGAGUUUGGCGACAUCCACGGCUGCCCCGAGGUGGUGGCAAAAGCCUGGGCCUUCCUGCUGGAGAACUUUGAGGCCGUGCAGCACGGAGAGGAGUUCCAGCUGCUGGAGAAAAGGAAGCUUGCGGUGUGCCUGAAGGACGAGGGACUGCAGCUCAGAGACGAGCGAUCCUGUGUCCAAGCGGUGCUCACUUGGGUCAGGCAUGACGUGGCGGGCCGACUCUGUCACCUACCAGAACUGCUGGGUCUAGCUAGACUCUCAUUGUUACCGGAGGCCUACUUUACCGAGACCCUGCUGAAAGACAGUCUUAUUCAGGACUCACCAGCCUGCAAGGACCUUAUAGAGACUGCUUAUAAGGAGAAACUGGACCUGAAGCCAGGUGGUUCUGAGGAGAGACUCUCGCGAAUCAACAAGCACAAUCUCCAGGAAGUUCUGUUUGUGGUGGGAGGUCGCUCGCUGGAUGACACGGAUGAUGAGGAUGAAGAGGAGGACGACGACAGGAACCCCAUUUUGCCUCCCCACAACUGUGCAUACUAUGACACAAAGGAGGGCAAAUGGAACCAGCUUCCUGACUUCCCUAACUACAACAAGUGGGGCUAUUCUGUGGUAUCCUUAAACAACGACGUUUAUGUCACAGGAGGGUCACGCGGGUCGCAGUCGAACACCUGGUCAACCACGGAGACCUGGAAGUACAUCACUCGCGAGGGGAAGUGGGUUACGGUAGCUCCAAUGCUCCGGCCCAGGACUAACCACACCUCGGCCGCACUCAACGGAGAAAUCUAUGUCAUCGGAGGCACCACCAUGGAUGUUGUCGAGGUCGAACAUUAUGACCCAUAUAGCAACAGCUGGGCCUCCAUAACGCCAGCACUGAGAUAUGUCACCAAUUUCAGUGCCACUGGCUGCCUUGGAAAGCUAUACAUCAUUGGCUCCUGUGCCGUGAAAUACAAUGCAUUGACGCUGCAGUGCUACAACCCUGUCAUAGAUGGCUGGAGCAUCAUCUGUUCUCCCUUCAUCCCCAAGUACCUCUCCUCUCCUCUCUCGGUGUCUGUGGAUGGUAUGAUUUACCUCAUCGCAGACAACACCAAGAAAGUCUAUCUCUAUGACCCAGAGGCCAACAUGUGGCAGAAGGUCCAGUUUCUUCACACCCUCCAUGAGAAUGGGGGGCUGGUGGCGGUAGGAGGGAAGCUCUACGUCACCGGAGGCCACUGGAAGGGCAUGGAAGGGGACUACGGGGUGGAGGUGGAGGUGUAUAACCGAGGCUCCAACACCUGGAGGGUGGAGACCUUUCUGCCUCGGCUCUGGCACUACAGUAGAAGCUGCUCCAUUUUCCUUGACCCUACACUAUGGACAGAACCCUUUCCAGAAGAGACUUAGCACAAACACACACACACACACACACAUACACACACGCUCUCUCUCUCUCUCCCUCUCUCUCUCACACACACAAACUCACACACAAACACACACUCACACACACACACACAAACACAAACACACACACACACACUGUGGUCAGGAUACAUUGGAUACACCUCAGGAUACAGCUUGUACACUGGAUUUGUACACCUGCAGGCAGUUUGGGAGAUGUGUGUGUGUGUGUGUGGGGGGAUACCUCGCAGUUCAGGCGGCAGUAUUAGGUGCUAUUUUAUUAUGUUUUUUAAUAGUUGUACAUUUACCUUUGAUGUUUCUUUGUUCAUUUAAAGUAUUUUAAAGUGCUUUAAAACAAGAUGUUUGUAUGAUGAUGGUAGGUGAGAGGUGUUUUGUCAUCCUCAGGAAUCUAGUAAAACUCAAUUGUGUGCCUUUCACAGAUGAUUAAAUCGUGCUUGUGAAAUAA